UGGGGAGUGGUUAGGACACGUCUACAUUCUGCAUAUAAACAACUCGGCAGGCUAAAAUUUAAACUAUUGCUAUACAAUUGUAACUCCAUGGCAGCCUAGCAUAUUACCAGUUCAUGAACAUUGAAUAUACUUGAUUCAAAAUAGAGAACAUCAUAACCAUGGAGACACUGAACGAAAUCGAUCGCCUCCAAUCAUCUGGCUUUGGUAGACCCCUACCCAGACAUGGGCUUCUUCUCCUUCACUGGUUCUCCCAUGAAUAUGUCACAUUCAACAACGACAGCGAGAUGGUGACAGUUCGCAACCCUAAGAAGAAGGCGUUCGGCUUCCACCGCUUCAUCGACAACCAAUUGCUCCCAGACCAGGGAUUUCCAUUCUACGAGGUGGGCAAUUUGAAAGCACCAGGGUCUGAGAACCUGCCUGAUUCUGUCAUCCAAAACCACACAGAAAACAAUGAUGACAGCAACAUAGACCGGAUCAUCAUCAGCCUCCAGUCAGACCGUGUGUUGGACAGGAUCUACGUGACCCAACAACAUCAUCACAGAGGUGCUUUUGACCCCCAGCGCACCUAUCGCAUCAGUAAGGGGUUGAUCAGUAUCAUCCGUAAACUGGAGCUGGAUGAGCUCCUGGAGCAGACUGGAUAUUUUCUUCCUUGCCCUCCCUCCAUUGACACACUGAACGAAAUGAGACAACUCCAGUCAUCUGGCUUUGGUAUACCCCGGCCUAGACAUGGCCUUCCUCUCCUUCACUGGUUCGCCCAUGAAUACGUCAAAUUCAACAAAAAGGGUGAAAUGGUGACAGUGCGAAGCCCCAAGAAGAAGGCGUUCGGAUUCCACCGCUUCUUCGACAACAUAGAGGAGCAUGAUGGCCAGUGUAACCAACUGCUACCUGACCAGGACUUACCAUACUACGAAGUGGGCAAUCUGAAUGCCCCAGGGUCUGACAAACUACCGCAUUAUGUCAGCGAAAACCACACAGGACACAAUAACGACAGCAACAUAGACCGGAUCAUUAUCAGCCUCCAGUCAGACCUGGUGUUGGACAGAAUCUACGUGACCCAACAUGAUCAUCACAGAGGUGCUUUUGACCCUCAGCACACCUAUCGCAUCAGUAAGGGGUUGAUCAGUAUCAUCCGUAAUCAGGACCUGGAUGAGCUCCUGGAGGAGACUGGAUACUCUUAAGACUUUCCCCCCUGGCCAAGGGCAUAUAGACAGAGGCAUCGUAAACAUAAUAAUUUUUUAACCUAAUUUCUGAUGGUCAAAUCCAAGAUCUCUAACUGAAUUAUUUAUUUUCUUACAAAUGUAUACUAGACAUGGGUAUGUGUCACGUCCUGACCAGUAAAGGGGUUAUUUGUUAUUGUAGUUUGGUCAGGACGUGGCAGGGGGUGUUUGUUUAGAGUGUUUCGGGGUUUGUUGGGCUAUGUUCUAUGUUAGUAUAUUUCUAUGUUUAUCUUGUAUGUCUAGUUCUAUGUUUAGUUGACCUUCAAUUGGAAGCAGCUGCUCCUAGUUGCUUCUAAUUGAAGGUCCUAUUUAAGAGGGGUGUUUUUUCUAUGGGAUUUUGUGGGUAGUUGUUCCUUGUUUAGUGUUUGUGCACCUGACAGGACUGUUUCGUUUUGUUUUCUUUUUUUGUA